ACCUCCCGAAAUUGUUUGUUCAACUCUGGGACGGGGAAACAUUCCAGGUUGAUGUGGAAUGGUUGUGAUAUGAUUUGGAGGCAUGUUUCUGCUCUGUAUUAUGCAGAUUUAGACCAAGGUUUACACCAGCUUCCAAAGAUCACACCAGACCACAUCAACUUGACAUCAUUUUCGAAGAUGAAGGUCAAUCUGGCUGCUCAGGUGUUAAGUAGUACUAUGGCUCUUGCACUGCGACGUUUCUACACUGAUGGCUCAGCAGAAGAAACUGCAAGGUUCUGUGAAAUGAUAAACAGAUUCUUCGACUGCCUCAAUGUUCGGUCAACCUCCGAGCACACAAGAAAAAGAAAUGAUUUCCUAGCUCCAUAUUCCAGUGCCGAUGAUGAGCGUUUUGACUGGCUACAGAAUACAUUUCUGGUGUAUCUGCAAGAGUGGCUGACUGCAAUUCACCAAAGGACGGGGAAUUUUUCAAAUGACGAUCGAGCAAAAAUGUUCAUCUCUCAUCAGACCUACCAUGGCUUGAGAAUGACAGUCCAUUCCCUAGUUGAGGUGACAAAAUUCCUGCUUUCAGAAGGACUGGAAUAUGUGCUCUCUGAGAAAUUUUGCCAAGAUCUUCUCGAAGAAUACUUUGGUCAUCAGCGGUCUAGCCGAGGAGGAUAUAGUGACAAUCCAACUGUUCAAAGUUUUGGCUACAACGACCUCACCAUUGCUGCUCAGCGUAGUAUUGCUCCUGUUGUAAGAGGGAAUGUAAUGGGCCGGCACAAAGGAGAAUGCUCUAAAUGGGUAGUAGUCUCGGAAGAACCUCUUCCGAAAAGAAAGC